CUCUACUGAUAUACACUCAAAAAAAGCAUACUUGCACCCUCGCAUACCUCCUCUCCUUCACAUCAGUUCCCCUAUCACUUCACCCCUUCGGUUAUUGUUACCAAUGCUAGUCAAGUUCGGAUUUGUUGCUGCUCUGGCACUUGGUGUGUUGGCCAAGCAGGCACCUACCGACAGCAGUGCUGCUGUUGUUGAAAUGGUUGAGCCCGGAAAGGCUGGCAUGCCAGAGUCGCGGAUUCGCGUAGCACUCGAUGACGAAAACGAGGACCUCUUCAAGAAGCACCGCAAGAAGAAGAACUCUGGUGGCGGUGGUGGUGGCUACUCAUCGGCUCCGCCAAGCGGUGGCUACUCAUCGGCCCCGCCAAGUGGUGGUUACUCGUCGGCCCCUCCAAGCGGUGGCUACUCAUCGGCUCCUCCAAGCGGUGGCUACUCGUCGGCCCCUCCAAGCGGUGGCUACUCAUCGGCCCCGCCAAGCGGUGGUUACUCAUCGGCUCCGCCAAGUGGUGGUUACUCGUCGGCCCCUCCAAGCGGUGGCUACUCGUCAGGCCCAUCAUCUCCCCCUCCUCCUUCAGCGUAUGGCUCCUCUCAGGGUCCGGCUCCGGCUCCAGCUCCGGCUCCAGCUCCGGCUCCAGCCCCAGCCCCAGCCCCUGCCUAUGGUUCUUCUGCUCCCUCUCCUAGCGGUUAUACAGCUUCUGCCCCUGCCCCUGCCCCUGCUCCUGCUCCUGCUCCGGCUCCGGCUCCGGCCCAGGCUCCUUCGUACGGUGCUCCUGCUCCAGCGUCAUACGGUGCCCCAGCCCAAGCCCCUGCUCCGGCUCCGGCUCCGGCUCCGGCCCAGGCUCCUUCAUACGGUGCUCCUGCUCCAGCGUCAUAUGGCGCCCCAGCCCAAGCACCUGCUCCGGCUCCGGCUCCGGCUCAGGCUCAGGCUCCUUCGUACGGGGCUCCUGCUCAAGCGUCAUAUGGCGCCCCAGCCCAUGCCCCUGCUCAGGCUCCGGCCCAGGCUCCUUCGUACGGUGCUCCUGCUCCAGCGUCAUACGGUGCCCCAGCCCAAGCCCAUGCACCUGCACCUGCACCUGCGCCGGCUCAGGUUCCUUCGUACGGUGCUCCCGCUCCAGCGUCAUAUGGCGCCCCAGCCCAAGCCCCUGCUCAGGGUCCGGCUCCGGCUCCGGGUCAGGCUCCUUCGUAUGGUGCUCCUGCUCCUGCUCCUGCUCCUGCUCCUGCUCCUGCUCCUGCUCCUGCUCCAGCGUCGUACGGCGCCCCAGCCCAAGCACCUGCUCAGGGUCAGGCUCCGGCUCCGGCUCAGUCAUAUGGCGCUCCGGCUCCGGCGUCAUAUGGUGCUCCAGCUCCAGCUCCAGCUCCUGCCCCUGCUCCAGCUCCAGCUCCAGCUCAAUCAUACGGUGCUCCUCCUCCGGCUCAGUCGUACGGUGCUCCGAGUGCUAACGAUGGUUCGGGUAGCUACGGCAGAAAGUAGGUCAAAUAGUACAUUCUCAAUGGCUAUUGAUCAUAUUGAUUCCUACUCAACAUUACUUCACUAUCAUAUCCUUUACAAAUAUGAACACUUUAUAUUCUGCACUAGUUCC